AUGAGCUAUUAUCCGUAUGACCUUAUUUAUCCAGAAUUAAGAGAAGAAAAUUCACGAACGAUAACAAAUACUCGGACACAGAAAAAACAAGAAUUAGAAUCGGAUGAAGAGAGUUUUACAGAUGAGACAUCUGUACUUAGCGAUGAAUUUGAUUCGUCUUAUAACAGUGAUGAAACUGAAGAGGAAUUGUUUGAACUUUGUUUCUACAAUAAGAAUAAUGAAUUAGUAUAUGAUGACGUUAGAAUGGCAGUUGAGGAAGCCGACAUUGAGGACAUCAGUCCAUCUAGAAAAUUUCCGGAAAGAUCAUCUCUUGAUUGUUGUGAUAGUGGUCACGAGACGGGUUCGUCACAAGAAAGUUUGUAUGAGUCAUUUCAGAAUACCGCAAAUGAUGUGGAUUUAUCACAGGAAAUACGAGACGAUUCAGAAAUUGAUUUAGUAGGUAAUGUGAGCAUUUUAUUUAAUAAGCAAACUGAUGUAAUAAGGGGAAUGCAAUCUUUAACUGGCCAGCUUAUGGAAAAUAUUCCAGAUAAUGAGGACUUACAAAACCAAGAAAAUACAAAUAAACACUCUUUAUUAUACAUACUUGGCGAUAAUCAGCUCUCCAACUCUUGUCAAAGUGACAUUACAUCACAAAAUUCGCAUGUGCUUACCAAAGAAACAGGUAUAAAUCCAAAUGAGCAAUCAAACGAUGAAAUACUUGCUGAUCAAGGGUCACCACAGUCCCCUAUGAACCCAACAGAUAUAAUGCAAUCAAUGACUGCAUCCGCAAAAGAAGUGCAAUUUAAUCCAGAAGCAUUAGGAGCAUCAUCAAGUAAGAUACCAGCACAACCUGUGUUGACUAAUGAUGAGGAACAAAAAAAAGAAUCACGCUCAGUUCCAAAUUUGGCACUAUUUAACAGUAACACACCGCUUAAACUCAACUUACCCUUACCAACGAAGAACAAGAUCGAUCGACCACCUAUUGACAAACCAUAUUAUGGACCAAUUAACCAAAAUGAUCUUCAUUCCCCUAUAAUUCAUAAAACAACCUUACCUAUGCACGAUUCAUAUGUGAAUCCACUUUUCAAGGAUAAUGAGUGGCUAUAUAAUCAAAAUAUUUACGGUUCAUCGGUAAUUGAUGAAACACCUUCACACAUUAAUGGUCAAUAUGUUAAUCCGGAGGUGGCUCACUACACAAAAUAUAAUCAGAACCUCUCCCGUCGAUCUAUAAUUCAUGAAUCAAUAAAUAUGAAUGAUCCAUAUGUGAAUUCUGAGGUGGUACGCUACAGAAAGCGAAAAUCUGUAUUUGGUCCAAAUUUCACUAGGGAAUCUAUAAAUCAAGAAGUGAUGCCAUCUUUGAACGAACAUAUUUGUCCAGAGAUGUCUUGCAUGACAUAUAACGACCCAUCUUCAGUUCCAGAGGUGAAUCGAGGAACUUAUGAUAAAAUGACUAUAGACCAAGAGUCCAAAUUAUCUAGAACACAAGAGUUACGUGAACAGAUGAUAGAAUGUUGGUCAUCUAAUAAGCUUGAAGAAGAUAAGUCGUAUAAAAGAUGUACAGAUUCAUGUUCACAUGCAUACCGAGGUGACCAACCUAGUAUAAUAUUUCAAAAAGGACAGUAUGCAUGCAAUGAACCGAGUUGUAAUUAUCGUUUCCUUUGUCAAUCUGAUUUGGAAAAUCAUAUAAUUGUACAUAUAAGGUUUAAACCUUUUACUUGUAAACGUCCUGGAUGUAAUCAAUCUUUUCCAUGGCUAUACGCUUUAGAAAAGCAUCUUCUUUCCCAUGAGUAG